UGACGCAGGGGCGCGUCAUUCCCGGCGUAACGCGUCAUAUCUUCCAACACAACCGCCGCUUCCUGGCCGGCCCAGGCAGGCGCCUCAGGCCCCGCUCCACACUGAACCGCUAUCCGCAUAUUAUUAUCGUUCAACGGUAAAACGUACAGCUCCUCCGCUCAGUCUGUGAGGAGCUGCAGCCGUUAUGAGUGAAUGAAACGGCUGAAAUCCGCAAAUUCUCAGCAGAAGUCCCGGGACUCGCUGUUAGCAGAAGCAGUGAGGGACAUCACCCACAUUUUCCAGCAACAAUAAGCACACUGUCUUUCUGUUGUGGCAGCAGCGUUGGGGCUGGAGGAAGUGGAGCCUGAGGCGUAGCGGCCGUGGUGAUGGUGUUGGACUCAGGUGAAGUCUUCAUGGAUCAGGUUGAGGGUGAAAGUGUUGGGAGCAGCAGGGACCUGUUGGAGCCAGAAGUCCGAGCAGAUCCACCCAAAACCACUGUGACGCCCAGGACGCCCGCCAAAAGGAGCAAUGUUGCCAAGAAGGAGAAGGUGUCCCACAACGGACUUCCUGCCCAGACGAACAGCGGCCAGGUCAUAGAGAGGAGGUCAUCAUCAUCAAAAGGCGGGGCCACGCCCAGGCCGCCGCUCCGCCGUCCCCUCAGCCUGGAGAUGACGCCUCAGCGCCUACGAGGGUCUCGGGAGCAGAUGGCGGACAGGCGGAUCGUGCAGCCUCCUUGGCGCAGCGGUUCGGCUGCCCCCUCGCCCCCGGCUCGCAGCCUGACCAGCCCCAGCCUGGGUGCAAGCGGCUGGAUGCGCCGCAGCGAGAGCACCUGCUCGGUCAAUUACUCCCUGGGGCUCCGGGCUGUCAAGGGGCAAAUGCGACCUGCCACCUCCCUGCCACAUAUAGCGAAGGGCGUGGGGGGCACGACGCUGCCUACACCCUCCAGGCCCUGUCUGCUUGUCGCCCUCAGGCCUCUUAACUUGGAGCAGGAGAAGCAGACUUUCUUCCAGUCCGACUACAAGUACAAUCCUCAGUUUGAGUACGCACAGCCGGAGCCGAGGAGUGUGCUAGAGAAGUACAGAGAGGGCUCAGGACUGUUCCUGGAACAGGCGGUUGGGAUCAUGGAGUGUGUCCUGAGGAAGUUUAGCUCUUAUGAGAACUUUGAGGAGGUGACGGGUGGCAGCGUCCUCCCUAAAAGUCAAGUCUGGGCUGCUGUACGCAAAUAUCUGCAGAAAGAAGGCUGUGUGGGAGAGGUUGUGGUGCGUCUGUCUGACGAGCUGCUGUCUCAGGCCGUGAUGGUGGUGGAAAGCUGUCGUCCCACUCUGACCAUCAACCUGGCCGGGGCUCGACAGCACUGGCUGGAGGGGAUGCUGAGACACGAGAUCGGCACGCAUUACCUGCGAGGGGUGAACAACAACCUGCAGCCGUGGGGCACCUCUGAAAGCAGGAAGCAGUUCGGCCUUAAACCGGCCAAUCCCACGGAGGAGGGCCUGGCCAGCCUGCACAGCGUGUUGCUACGGAAACAGCCCUACCUGUGGCGCGCGGCUCUGCUCUACUACACGGUGUACCACGCCAGCAGCAUGAGCUUCAGCCAGCUCUUCAGCCACAUCGCCCGCUUCGUCCAGGACCCGGACGUCCGCUGGGAGUACUGCCUGAGAGCCAAGAGGGGACAGACGGACACCUCGCAGCCUGGUUGCUUCAGUAAAGACCAAGUUUAUCUGGACGGGAUCCUCCGGAUCCUUCGGCAUCGAAGAACCAUCGACUUCAAGAUGUUGACUUCUUUAGGCAAGGUGUCUUACGAAGACGUGGAGAGGCUGCGGCAUCUGGCGGUUCUCCCACGGACCAGAAUCCCACACUUCAUGCGAGACCAGGAGCGGUACCUGCAACAUCUGGAUCACAUCGUCGCCGUCAAUGAAGUGGACGAUUCAGCGCUGCAACAUCUGCUCCCCUGACCUGGUCCUGCCCCCCAAGAAGAAGAAGAAGUAGCGGAGGAUGCUGGUACACAGACUGUAUCAUGUGGUGCGCUGAAUAUCACUUAAAAUAUCAAGUAUUAUCGAUGCUUAAUUGGAGCGAUUUUUUUGUAAAACUUGAACUUGAGCGAACAAAAGGGACGUACACACUAACACCUCUAUCUACAUUUCACUUUUGUCCAAUGCAUGUCCCCCCGUCUCGCCUUUACUCCCACUAUGAAGUUACCUCAAUACUGCAACUCUACGAUGUAACCAACAUUAUAUAUAUGUAGACUCAUACAUAGUCAUUGCAUCCAGCGCCUGUACAGGACACUGCUAACAUGUCGCGUACAGAUUCAUAAUCACAUGCUUUAUUUAUGCACUUAUUUAAGUUUUUUUUUUACUUUGCGAGAACAAACUGAAUGUCUCUGGUAUUAGCUUUAUACCUUUUUUUUUUUUUUAGAUGACUUUGUUUUAUGCCUUAGAUUGUUUGCAUUUUAAAAAAGGACACCAAGGACACGUCAUUUCAAAACCCUGAGGAAGUCGUAACUGAGACCAUGAAUCUUUUAAGAUAACAAGUGCCAGUGGACUCAGUCGAGUUUUCAAAAAUUCCCCAGGGUGGUUUUUAAAAUAUCAGUGUUAAUAAUUAGAUAAUCAGCUGCGUUGUUUCUGUCUUAACAGUGUCCUUGGUGGUCUUUUCAUAUCAAUAUGCUACUGUGAUGUGACCCGUCCCCAAGCUCCCUCCUCUGUGGCAACCAAACUUUCUUUUGCGACGUUAAAGGAAUAGUUAAACGCUUAUUAGCUUUCUCGCAGAAAGUUAGAUGAGACGAUUGAUGCCACUCUCAUGUCUGUCCGUUCAAUAUGUAGCUGAACCCAGAAUAGAGACUAGGAAGGAGGAACCAGUUUGAUUGGCUCUGUCUGAAUGUUGACAGUUAGCUAAACCCCACCCCCGAGCAGCGAUUGUCCAAUCACAGCUUAGUAACAGCAGGUCUGUCAGUCUUUGGACUUCUCCACAUGUUGAAGCGAUAUGCACAGGGCUUUAAUAACAAAGAUUGUUGUUUAAAGAGUUUGGAGGGUGGUGUCUUUGUUUUUUCUAGCCUUUCCAAAACCAAAAACACAAGAACAAAGUGUAAGGAAUAGAUUAAACAGCUCGAAUGUUAGCAUGGCCGGCUACAGUAGUAACUCAGCCUUAUGUCCAAAGCCAAGGAGCAUAUCAUUAACUUAUUACAUUAGCUUGUGGGUGUACAGGUUACAUUAAGGACUGGCACGUCCACUGUGUAGUAUUUCCCCACUGUGUGGAAGACGGUCCUGGAUGCUAACAGAGUUUAUGCUAACGUUAGCGUCUCUGUGCUGCUGUUUACUGAAUUUGGAGAGGUUUACACUCCAGCAACCACAGCCAAAGUAAACUGAGACAGCGAUACGUUCGCCUAACACAUCAGUUAGUCCUCACCCUAAAAGCCUUUUUCUCUUGUAACGUUAAAAGUGAAAACAUACAUACUUUGAAAAUAAGAACUGGUAUGUAAAGCUAAGCAGUCAAACAGGACGAAAUAACAGUCUGAACUUGCAUUUUUCCUCAUCGUACUUAUAACACCAGGACUAAUUAGCUCUACACUACAAUAUGCUGUUUUUUUAUUUCCAUGUCUUCCACAUGGGUCAUCAACUGGUGAGGGAGCUGACUUUUUGCCUGGGACCUGUUAGCUUUAGCGUCAGUCUUUUAGCAUUAUAUCAUGGAUGUAGCCAUCACGUGCAUUAAACCCGUUUUGACAGGAUUCUCAUCAUAAAAGGAGUCAGCCGGAGAGUUUUAAACCAAUUUAUGGGACUAACGUUAGCUUAAUUAGCUAGCUAGUUACGGCUGGUACAGUCUGCUAACGUCAGUUGUCUUCUCAGUUAGCAAAAUCGACGGUCGCUGGCUAUAAAUGAGAAGCUUUGCAAUGGUAAACCUGCGUCUAUUAUCGUUUCGAACUGGAUAUGUGCUGUGUGUGAAUGUAAAGCUUGACAGACAUAGCAACAGUAACCUAACUAAAGUGGGCGGGACUUAGCGUACAGUCAAUAUGACACUUUACGGGGGGUUAUGUGCAGGAUUAUUUCUUAGCUGGGAAAUAAUCCUGCACAUAACCCCCCGUAAAGUGGAGAAUUGUCAUUUUUACAUUUUGGACAGAGCUAAGCUAGCUGUUUUCCCCUGUUUGCUGUCUUUAUGCUGAGCUAAGCUAACCGGCUGCAGACUGUGGCUUCACAACUAGAGUGAUAUCGAUCUUCUCACCUAACUCUCAGCAAGAAAACGACUGAGCGAAUUUCCUAAAAUGUAGAACUGUUCCUUUAACGGUUAGGUGAAGUGCCAAAGUGGCAUCUUUAAUUCACUGUUGGGUUGUUUGAGAAGCAGCCAGUCAUCAUAGUUCCUCAUCCAGACAUGAGUCACUGCCUGGGGAGGAAGCAGGGGUGUUGUGGGCGUGCCUUCGAUGGGUGUAGAGCUCAUCCGCUGUAGCUAGCCGUGUGUUUGUAGGCUGCUUUUUACUGUGUUUGACACUUAAAACUUCAGAUGUCAGUCAGGGCAUUCAUUUUGGGCAAAGCCGUCUGUGAGCAGAAUUAAAACCAGGUCACAACAAACAGGAUGUGGGAUAAACCGCAUCAGCUGUUCAAGUUUUUAACCUAAAAAAAAAAACACUUGACCAAAAUGUGAAUUAUACUUCUGUGAUGCAUUUUAAAUACUUGGAUUUGGAAGAUUGACCUGUAAUUGAAAUUUAUUCUGCUGUGUUUACAAUUUCAGCCAUUUGGUAAGCAGAUAUGUUUUAAAUUGGAGCAGGUUGCUGACCUCACCAACCUUCGGCCUGGAUUCGCCUAAACGAAUGCACCUAUUUGUAACGCACGAAUGUUGCACAAGUGUUUUAUGUUCUGGAAAACACCUUGAAUUUCCAGUUUAUUUAUUAAAAAGUACACACACUUAA